UGGGAGUAUUUAAGCUAAAACUUUGAAAAGAAAUGAAAAUUUACAAUGGAGGCACUCAGCAAAAUUAGGGCAUUCAGUGAGAGAUAUUCCUUAGCUGAAGAUGAGGAGAAUUUCUCGCAAUGGUAUUCCCUUUCUCUCUUUCUCUGCUAUUUCCCGUUCUUCUUCGGCAAUUACUGUUAGAGUUUAUUCUUCAAGUCAUAGUAAUAUGUCCAUUUCGGCAAAGGGUAAAUUUGGGGUAAAUAGCAAGCUUGAGAAUGUCAAGUGUUUAGAUGACGCUGUGACUCUCUUCCGUCAAAUGGUCAGAAAGCAGCCUCUUCCUUCUGUUUUCGAUUUCUCUAAAUUAUUUAAGACGAUGCUAAAUAUGAAGCAUUACUCUGCUGUUGUUUCUCUUUUUCGAGAAAUGCAGAAAUUGGGUAUCCCAAUUAAUGAUUUCAUCUUGAAUAUCGUGAUUAACAGUUAUUGCCUGAUGCAUCGUGUUGAUUGUGGAUUUUCGGUGUUACCCAUUUACUUGAAGAAUGGCAUUCCAUUUGAUGUUGUCACCUUUACCACCCUAAUUAGGGGAAUCUUUGCUGAAAAUAAGGUUAAAGAUGCAGUUAACUUGUUCAAAAGGUUGGUGAGAGAGAAGAUUUGUGAGCCUAAUGAAGUCAUGUAUGCAACCGUCAUGAAUGGGCUCAGCAAAUGGGGUCAUUCUCAAAAAACCCUAAGUUUGCUCCGCUUAAUGGAACAAGGGAACACUAAGCCGAACAUAUUUAACUACAACAUUGUCAUAGAUUCCCUUUGCAAAGAUAGAAACUUAGAUGCUGCUAUCAGCCUUUUGAACGAGAUGAAUAAGAAAGGCAUUCUUCCGGACAUAUUCACAUUUAAUUCAUUGAUUGAUGGUUUGUGUAAGUUUGGUCAGUGGGAAAAGGUUAGGACUUUGUUCUCUGAGAUGUUAAACCUUAAUAUUUAUCCAGAUGUCUACACCUUCAACAUGGUUAUUGAUGGACUGUGUAAAGAAGGGAAAGUCGAAGAUGCCGAGGAAGUAAUGAGACACAUGACCGGAAAAGGUGUGGAGCCUAAUGUGAUCACCUACAAUGCAAUAAUAGAUGGAUAUUGUUUGUGUGGUCAAGUGGAUAGAGCGAGAAUUGUUUUCGAUAUCAUGAUAGAUAAGUGCAUUGAGCCUAAUAUUAUUAGCUAUAGCACACUAAUAAAUGGAUACUGCAAGAAAAAGAAGUUGGCCGAGGCUAUGCAAUUGUUUCAUGAAAUUUCUCAAAAGGGAUCAAAACCUAAUAUUAUUAUCUACACUACUAUUUUGCAAGGUCUGUUUGAAGUUGGAAGAAUUGGCAAUGCAAGAAAGUUCUUUGCUGAGAUGCUAUCUACGGGGCAUGUACCUGAUUUAUACACUCAUUGCACUUUACUCAAGGGUUAUUUUAAGUAUGGACUUGUUGAAGAAGCUUUGUCACUCUUUAAUGAGUUGGAAAGAAAGACAGAAAAUGCUGAUAUUGAGUUUUACAAUGUUGUCAUUAAUGGAUUGUGCAAAAAUGGUAAACUUGACAAAGCUCAUGCUAUUUUUGAGGCGCUUUCUUUAAUUGGACUACUUCCGAAUGUGAGAACAUACACUACAAUGAUAAGUGAAUUUUGUCUAGAAGGGUUGUUAGAUGAAGCUACAGAUAUGCUAAGAAAAAUGGAGCACAACGGUUGUUUGCCAAAUGGUAUCACUUACAAUAUUAUUGUUCAAGGAUUUCUCAGGUGCAAUAGAAUUAGUGAAAUGGCAAUUCUUAUGAAGGAAAUGGCUGGAAGGGGCUUCUCAUUUGAUGCAACUACAACUGAGUUAUUGAUUAACGUUAUAAGGGAGAAUCCGUCCGUCCUUGACAUGAUACCAGAGCUUCACUUGGAAGAUAAGAAAAGCUGAAUAAAGGCAAUUAGAACGUUGCUUGAGCUUUCCAGGCAGGCCUAUUUGACGAGGUACAUCAAUUUUGAUAUUUUUUAUUGUUUUCCACUCUUCUUUAUAUUGGAAAUCAGAUAUUACUGCUCUAUUUGUUUAAUAAAUGAUGUGAGUUUCCCUUACAUGUACACAUUAUAAGUCUAGGAAUAUCAUUUUCAGUGUUAUCUUCAUGUAUUAUCAUUUUCUACUAUUUGAAUAUAAAUAACUGUUUUCUGCCUUACGGAGCAUUGCAGGUAAGAGCCACAAAAAAAAGAGAGAGUAGAUUUUGUGGUUUAACAUAAAAUAUUUUUUAGGUGAUGUAAUAAUGUAUUGGGCAAGUUUCUUGUUGCUCUUGUGGAAGUUGCUGUAAGUUUGCCUCUUUUAUUUAUUUAUUUUGGUCAAAACUGUAGUUUCUUGCUCUUAUUCUCUAUUGAGCUAUUUUUUUAUCACGACACUAUUUUAGUUUCUCUGUUCACUUUAGCCCUCUGUGAGUUGGUGUCACACUCACAAGCUUAAUCAAAGAAGAAUCUCACCACAGAUCUAGAGGGAGAGAGAAACGUUGAAGGUGAAAUAUGUCAAGUUAUCAUUUGUACUCCUUAGAUAGUCAUAGUUACUGACUUACUUCUCUUUGGAUCUAAGUUAUAGUAUAAGAAUUAUUUUAAGAGAACUGCAUUGAGUUCGAAUUGUCACAUAUCCUUGUAAAGAACUUUUUAUGAGUUUUGUUAUGGACUCUCUUGAAACCGAGUCUGCAGAUGGUAUUGAAAAUUCAAUUUAGGUAAUUGCACUUUUUCCUUUGAGUUCCUGAAUAUGCUAAGCCGAUAUUAGAUUUUUGCAAUAUGUGGGUUUCUAUAAUCUAUAGUACUUCAUUUCUCUAUUGUGCUCACAGACAUAGAGGCGAAGAGGAACAUAGGAGGGAGGUGUUUCGAACACUAACAUGUAGUUCAAUAUCUUUUGUUUGAGGUCGCAUUUCCUAUGAUAAUGUUGACACCCUGAAGGAGAUAUAUUGUUUAUGUUAAAAGAGCGAAAAUUUGGUGCAGCUUACCACAGUUUGAAGCCCUACUGGAAUUCAUUACCUUUAACUUCGCAAUGCAUUGUUGGACCUUUUUUUUGAAACUCUGUUUUUGUACUCCUUUAUUUUUAAUUUUUAUGGACAAAAGUAUGUGAAGUUACCUACCAAUUUCACAAACGAAUUAAGUAUAGCUAUUGAAUUAGGAGUAGUUCAAAGUGCCCAUGAACAUUAUGUAAUCCUUCUGAAUUUAUCUGCUAAGAGGAUAAAAAAAAUAUUUUGCAAGCAGGAUGGUUAGAUUGAUCACUGUGGAGUAUAUUUGUGAAAUGCAUUGUUUUGUUCCCUUCCAUUGUAUUUUUUUUUUAAGAAUUCUUUAUAUUUAUGAAAUGUAUUGCAAAUAGUACGUAAAAAAGAAUGGCAAGAACAAACUGAUAAUGAAAAAAAAUAUAUUGAUUAGGCUGUGGUUGGGCCCGUGCAUAGCACGGGCUGCUCAUAUCUAGUAGUUAAUAUAAACAUGCAGACUAGCUACCAUAUGAUUGAUUGCCCCUGAGUAUAUUAUCCAUCUAUUUUCCUUGACCAUGUUGAGUAGUGACAAAGGUA